GAAUACCAGCCAACCAACCAACUAACCCUGUGAACGCCAACGUUAUACUUAAUAGAUUCCGCCACACAAGCCCUGACAGCUCAGAAUCAGUCUCCUCUAGUUCUACAGCUUAUUCUGCAGAGGACUGGCUCAAAGCUUGCACUACCCUUCAGGCAGAGGUGAAAGAUUCACGCAGUGCAGGCGCGCGGAAGCUGGGUCAAACUAUCCACCAUCUCUCAACCUAGGUAGAGCUGCUUAACAACGAGCUGAAUGGCAUACGUAAGAAGCUAUACCAGAAGAAGAAGCGUCAGAAUCAGCCUGUAGGGCAAAUGGAUUUACAGCAGCACCAGGAGUAUCAUGGUAGAGCAAUAAUGUGGUCUCCUCAGGCCUUCCGGGAGGCGCGCGCUUGUAUAGCUAUUACAGAACAAGAGAAGUAAGCAGAUGAUCUGAAAAAAGCAGAGAUGAAGCACUUAGCUGCUGCCAACAAGCUCUACACUAAGAAGAUUGCAGAAGAAAAGCGUGUAGCAGCUGCAAAGGCAAAAGAGGUGCCUGAUCAUGAGCGUGCUGAGGAACGCGCAGGCAUUGAUGCGCGCAAAGAGCAAAGACGCAAGAAUAAAGAGGCUUACAACGCUGCGAAAGCUCUUAAAUUAUCCUAAAGAGGCAAU